AUGUAUGACAGUUUUGUUUUUUUAAUUGCAUUACAGAAAAUAAAGAACUUUAUCACAAUAUUCUAAUUUUCUGAGACAGUCCUGUAUGCAGAUCUCACUGGUGAAAGGUUGUUUACACCGUGGGCAGCUUGCAGUCAAUGAAAAGGUAACACAGUAAGUGCCUAUAAACUUAUAGUAACCCCAAACCAUGUUCACAAUGACCUCACAGGACUGGUGCAUCAACUGCAACAUUCAGUCACUUAGUUUGUUUGUCUUUGUAUCUGUGGUGCAAACUAGCAGCAUGUACUAGUGGGUUUCUAUAAUUAUGUGUUAUCUAUUACAACUAUAGAAUAUUUUCAUGCAAACCGGUCACGUCUGUUUUCGUUUCAAGGAUAACUGGCUAUGGUUGCUAUGGUCUCCCCUUAAGCCGGAGAUAUACUCUACGCACGUAACCUGCGUAGCCUGCGUUGCAUGCGUACUUGUCUGUACGGCUCCCUUGCGUACCUCGCGUAACACACGACGAGAGCCCGUCAUACCGGCGGUUACCAAUAGGGGGCGAAGGAGAGCAGCGGUUGGAAAAGUGAUUCGUAGAGGUAGUAGCAUCCAAGUUGUCCUGGUCCUGGCCCCGCUUCCUUUUCCGCCUUGGACCCAACGGAGUAGCAGUAGCGGUAGUAGCAGUAGCGGAUUUCAGAGUUUUUCAAAUCGGAUUUAAGAUUUCAAACAAGAUCAUGUCGUCGUCAUCAUCGGAAGGAGAGGAGCUUCUGACACUGGUCUUGUUGCAUCGUCGGAGACGGCGCCAGCGCCAGCGCCAGCGCCAUCGGAGAUGGUACGUUAGACCGUUAAACCAAAGCCGGGGGGAGACUGGAGAGUUCGCCAGCCUUGUCUUGCCCAUGCGGGGGAUUGACGAUGAAAAGCACCGGGAAUAUUUUCGGAUGUCGUCAGCUUCAUUUGACGAUAUUUUGCGACGGAUUUCCCCGCUGAUUCAGCACCAGACCACACACAGCACGUGUGUGACCGCCGCAGAGCGACUGGCCGUCACCCUGCGCUUCAUGGCGACCGGGAUGAGCUAUCGAACUUUAGCAGCCAGUUACAAGCUUGGAACAGCCACCGUGGGAUGUAUCGUGUCUGAAGUAUGCCAGGCUAUCUGGGCUGCUCUAAAGGAUGACUUCGUGGCCCACCCCAGGAUUGAUGCUUGGUCUAAAAUAAAAGAAGAUUUCAGUGAGCUGUGGCAGUUCCCCAACUGUGUCGGAGCCAUCGAUGGCAAGCACGUCCGGAUCCGUGCUCCAGUCAACAGCGGGAGUGGUUUUUUUAACUACAAGGGCUACUUCAGCAUCAUCCUGAUGGCGGUGUGUGAUGCCAGGUACCGAUUCACUGUUGUGGACGUAGGUGCUUCUGGGCGUGAGAGUGACUCAGGGGUGUUCACAAGAAGUGCCUUUGGGUCCCAGCUCAUCCAGGGGGACCUUUCCCUACCACCACCAUCUGCCCUACCUGGAAGUGAGGUGCUCUGUCCUCCAGUCUUUGUUGGUGACGAGGCAUUCCCUCUGAAGACCCAUUUGAUGCGACCAUAUUCAGGCACCAACUUGUCAGCAGAGCAGCGCAUCUACAACUACCGCCACUCCAGAGCACGACGAGUGGUGGAGAACGCCUUUGGCAUCCUGGCUGCACGGUGGAGGGUGUUUGGGAAGGCCAUGGAGUGCAGUGUGGAGACAGCAGAAGUGGUGAUAAAGGCGUGUGUUGCUGUCCACAAUUAUCUCUGUGGUCUGGACCGGUCUGAACAGGCCAGGUACAUCCCCAGCACCUUUGUGGAUUCCACAAAUGGCCAGGGUGAAUGGAGGGAGCAGGUGGCAGGAGAUACCAACCUCCUCCCCACAGGACGCCUCUCUGCUGAGCGGGCAACGAAACUAGGUUGUGAGGUGCGGAACCACCUCAUGAACUAUUUCCAGACGGAUGCAGGCAGGAUGGCUCACCAGGACACUGUGCUACGCAGAGGCACACUACAGCGACUUUAGAUAGAUUUUUGCAGUAUUGUUUGAUAGCAUUUGAAUCCGCUGGUCAUUUUAUGAUCUGUUUAGGCUCUUUUAUGUUUAAUGUUACUUGUUAAAGCCUAGAUUUAAGUCAGCAAUAACUUUAAAUCUCUUGUUUAUGUCCAUUACUAAAUGUUCAUAUUUAUAUUUUGCACUUUUUAGUAAUUUUUUAUUUCUAGAACUAUAAUAAAUAAAUUAUAUAUAUAUAUAUAUAUAUAUAUAUAUAUAUAAAUUUAUUUAUUAUAAAUAUGAGAGAGAGAGACUAUAACAUUCAUACUCUCAGGAAUCGUAGGUUAUUUUGGGAGAUGUUAAUA